AUGACUAGUAUGAGCCACGACUUCGCGCAACUUGUUUUCUUCGAGGUCAGGGGAGGGGACGCCAACUCAAAAUGGGGUAACAUGUACUUCGGAAUCGCCCAAGCCCUUCAGUUUUCCAUCGUCGGCAUACCGAACACGAUUGCACAAGAGGCCUGCCGCUGGGCGGCCACCGCCGAAUCGACGAGGAGGAUCAUGAACAUCCGAUACUCGUUGCUGCCCUACACUUACACGCUUUUCCGCAAGGCCCACACGGCGGGUGAGACGGUGUUGCGCGCUUUGGCGUGGGAGUUCCCGAACGACGAGUCGCUGAAGGCUGUGGAGACGCAAUUCAUGUCUGGCCCCGCGUUGCUCGUGACGCCCGUUCUGGAACCGCUUGCGACGACGGUCAAUGGUGUAUUCCCAGGCGUGAAGGAUGGCACGCGCUGGUAUGAGUGGUACACGCUCGACGAGGUCGACGCAAAGCCGGGCGAGAACAAGACGCUUGAUGGCCCUCUAGUGCACCAGCCCGUCCACAUUCGCGGCGGGUACGUCAUUCCCAUCCAGAAGGCUGGCAACACGACCAAGACUUCACGCAAAAGUCCUUGGACCUUGAUCGUCGCAUUAGAUAAGCAUGGUAAUGCCGAGGGUGAGCUGUUUCUGGAUGAUAGUAUCAGCUAUGUCCAAAAGGCCACAAAGAGCAUUAAGCUCAAAUAUACCAAGAACACACUUACGACCAAGGUAUCCGGAUCAUAUAACGACCAUCUUCCCAUCGCCAAUAUCACAAUUCUUGGGCUGAAGAACUCGCUGGGAGCGGCGCAUAUGACGCUUGGAAAAACCAAGCUUAACAUCACGCGGGCGUCGCUGAACUGUUCAAGUACUAGUGGAUAUCUUUACUUCACGAACCUUGAAGAAGCAACUAAAGCAGGAAUAUGGAGCGCAGAUUUCACUCUAUCUUUAUCACACUAA